CAAAGCAUAAGGCCAAAUUAAAGCUCUCGAGAAUGAGGUUAUUCGGAUUCCAUUGCAAAUGGCAAUGUGGGGGGGAGUUAUGAAUCAAGCACUACAUAUACCGAACCCCACUAGCCUUAUAAUGACAAUAGGGGCAGAGGCAAGGCGAUGAAGGGGACGAUGAUGAACAACACUUUGAGCAAUAGUCAAUUCUCAUUCCUCGCCAUUCUCAAGUUUGCAGUUUGUAUUAUGCUAUUCGGACUUGCCUGCCGUUUGUUUCUCUCCAGUGAUCAGUUUCUGCAAUUAUCCCCAUUCCUGGUCGCCACUGACCAGAAGACAUCGCCGCCGUCCGUUUCAAAUCAGCUCCGGGCGAAUCUCGAGCACAGGAGUUCUAGAACUGUGAAGUGUGAUUUGUUUAGGGGAGAUUGGAUUGCAGAUGCUAAGGGUCCAUUUUAUACUGACCAGACUUGCUCUUCAAUACAAACCCACCAGAACUGUAUGAAGAAUGGCCGGCCUGAUAUGGAUUAUAUACACUGGAGGUGGAGACCCAGAGACUGUGAACUCCCCAGGUUUGAUCCCGGGAAGUUCCUCAAUCUCACGAGGAAUAGAUCAAUGGCUUUUAUUGGUGAUUCAAUUAUGCGGAACCAUGUUCAGUCUCUGCUUUGCAUUCUCUCGCAGGAGGAAAAAGUUGACGAGGUAUACCACGAUGAGCAAUACAAAAGUAGAAGAUGGUAUUUCCCCGCAAACAACUUCACCGUUUCAGUGGUUUGGUCUCCUUACCUUACAAAAGCCGUCAUAUUUGAAGACAACGACGGCCUUUCGACAGAUAUAGUCCGUCUCCACCUCGACAAACCCGAUGACAUAUGGACAGAUCAAUUCAAGAGUUUCGAUUACGUUAUUCUUGCCGGCGGGAAAUGGUUUCUCAAACCGGCAAUUUACUACGAGAAAGAUGAGAUUGUGGGCUGCCAUAGCUGUAAUGAGAGGAACAUUACAGAGUUACUGUUUGAUUAUGUGUACCGCAAAGCAUUGAAUUCAACCCUAGAAUACAUUUUGAGGUCAAAGCAUGAAAAGGUCAAUGUGUUGUUCAGAACCACAACACCGGAUCACUUCGAGAAUGGGGAGUGGAACACUGGCGGUUAUUGCAACAGGACAUUGCCGUUUAAGGAAGGCGAGGCUGAGAUGAAUGGCAUGGAUGAGCUAAUGCACCAAAUAGAAGUGAAAGAAUUUGAGAGAGCAUUGACCAUAUUAGGAUCCAAUGAGAAGGGGUUAACUUUGAAACUUUUCGACACCACUUAUCUUUCAUUGUUGAGACCGGACGGGCACCCGGGAAUCUACAGGCAUAUGCAGCCUUCUUUAGCGGUUCAGAAUGAUUGUCUGCAUUGGUGCUUGCCCGGGCCUAUUGAUUCUUGGAAUGAUUUGAUGAUGGAAAUGAUUUUUCCAUUCUUAGGAAGAUAGAGAUUUUAUACUCUAUCCCAUCUGCUAUUUUAAGGGCUCUACUGUGGCCAUGUGCAUAUUAGUAGCAUCUGUAAUGUGCACAUUUGUACACGCGUGACACGAUCGAGAUUUACAUACAAGAAUCGAUCAAUACAGUUUCUUUCUUUCACCGUCUUCGAGCCAUCAAUUACAAAUUACCAAAAGUACAUGAGGCUGCGGAAAGGAUGAUCAGUUAAGUACACUUGGUGGUGACAAGAUGCCUUUUUUCCCAUUGGUUCAAUUGAGAUGGCUUUGCAGCACAUUUAUAUGCAUUAUUACACUGCAGAGCAGAGGUCCUCCCCCAACCGAAGAACAAAUGAAUAACGAGAAAAUGUUGAGGAACAGGAAGGCCAAGGCAAAACAUGCGGCGUUAGAGAAAGCCAAGUCCGCCCAAGCUUCCGAGGCCAAUUCCUCGGCCUCCUAGGCCAACAAACGCACGGAGGAGGCUGAGCAGCAGCUCAUCAUGGUCGUGACAGCCCAAGGCUGUGAGGCCCUCAUUGCUGAUUUCGGCUCUACUCAAGAUGUAGUGCCUUUGAACGUUGCCCUUCCCUCUGGCGAGGAAAAGGCUAAGAAGAAGAAACCGAAGAGGCCACGUCCUGAUUCUUCUGGUCCUGCAGCCGAGGGCGUCGCGCUAAUUUCUCUUGACCGUCUGGCCGUUGAGAUGUGGAGGAGAUUGCCCUUCAAUCUGGGGUGCAAUUACCACCCUGGUCCUCCUUUGAGGCCGUCAGCGCUGCCUUGACGGCUAACAUCCAGGCUGUGCUGAGCCAGUUGCAAGCUGAGGCUCCCAGGGAGCUUGAUGCCCUGCAGGCCAAAAGGCUAACGCUGCCCUGAAGGAGGCACAAGAGGCAGCUCGUCAGAGAGAAGAGCUUACCGCCAAGAAGACAGAGGAGCUUCAAACCGCUCUGGAUACGGCUCUUGCAAAGUUGGCCUUGUCGAGAGUCACAGUUUUUCUCUUGUCCCCAUUCCUCUUUCAGUUCUCGAGGACGACACUGCUGCCGGUACCGUCCCUUCCGCGCAAGUAAGUACCCCAGCCCCUUGUGGCGGCUCGAUACCUCUAGGUACGAGAAGACCGCGAACUUCAUUAUCUCUGCUCAGCGCUACUGCCGGGGGCGGUUGGAGAUGUUUUUGAUGAGGAGCUGCGGGCUCAGAAGGACCACUUGGGUCAUGGGGCGCGGGUCCUGGAGCGGACUCCGCUCGGCGAGCAGUUCUUGCUUGAUGUGGCCGAUGACGGAUUCGCCACGGGCUACAACCUUGGGGUGAAGGCCACGCUGCCGGGCUUCGCCAAGCUCCACGGUCCAGACUUCAAGUUGGUGGACCAUACCGAUGAUGAAGAUCUCAAGGCGGCCGUUGGGAAGUUGGAGCGGGAUCAGAGGCGCGCUGAGGCCGAGGAGAGAGGUGAGAAAGUUGGAGCGGGAUCCGAAUAUAAAAGAGCGGCUUUUAUAUUAAUAUCGAGAAAUCAUACAAGACAACUUCCACACAGUUAUGUCAGAGUUGUUCGUAAGCCCUGAGAAUAUACAUAGAAUCCGUCAUCUCAAUCAAAGCAACCUGAUUCACAAGACACAAAGUGGACAAAUUUAAGCCUAAAACCAUCGUAAUUGAAACAUUGUCUAUUAAAAGUACUCCAGAAAUCCAACAUCCAAACCAAACCUACUCAAAGUAAAAUAUAAAUAAGUAUUACUAAAGAAAAAAUAAAAUUGAAAUAAAUUCUUUCCAAAAAAAACCUGUGUUGUAAGAACCGACCCGGACCGGCCGCUACGGACCGGAACCCGUAAGUGGGAUUCGAACUCGCGCCUACCACUACCAUUCCAAGCUACUGCCUAACGUGUUACACCAGCUAGUUGGUGAAAGCCGUUGCUUUAGUGUUCUUAUACUGUGUUAACGUGAAAUGUUUUUAGUAACUCUUAAUUUAAUUAGUUAAUUACAUAAUUAAUCUAUAAUAAUAAUAAUAAUAAUAAUUACAUAUCAAUGUUAUAUUAUUAUACUUCCCAAUCACGUAGGUAGUAUAUGAUCUUCCAAUUAUUAUUUUGUACUCCUAAUUGGUAUUAUGUUCAUUUUUAUUAUCUAUCUAAAUCCAAAUGCAUUUUAAAUUUUGUUAGUCAAUAUAGUUUAAUACAAUUUUUUUGCCAUUGCUUAUAUUGUAUUAUCAUUAUUAAAGUUUGAAGGAAUAUAAUUUUUAUAUUUAUGAAUUUAAAUCUUUUAUAUAACUAAUUACACACACACACACAUAUAUAUAUAUUAUAUAUAUGUAUUGGUGUUGACUGGGUUUACCGGUCAUUGACCGGGCUGACCCGCCGGGUCCAGGUUGACCCGUGACCCAGUCAUUUGUCCGGGUCACUUCUCGGUCCGAUUUUUACAACAUAGAAAAAACUCUUCAUGACACAUAGGUGGUUCUGAAGGAGAACAAGAUCUACCAUUAUAUGCGCAUCCCAAAAGAAUGUGCCGGAAACACCUCACUAGAUGAAACUCUUUGGGACACCAAAACCACUCUCCACACCGAGGAUAAAAAAAACCAAAAAAAGAACAUUUCAGUUGAGUCAUACAUCUACGAAGAAUCUUCACUACCUAAGACAAAUCAUGGAAUCUACUCAUUUUGAGUUGUCUAUGACAGACAAAAUUUCUGUGAAGAACAGACGUGUACACAUUUGGUGUACACAUUUUGUGUACACAUUUGGUGUAUCCUUAGCAAAACUUUUUUACUUUUAUAUACUUCAUAGACAUAUUCAUACAAAUAUUAAAAAUGUUUUUAGUGUUACAAUUACACAUUCUAUAAUGCAUACACCAAUCUUCCAUUAUACAAUCAGUUGAAGCCAUCGUUAUUUUUUUGACCGAAUAAUUAAAAUGAAUGGAUACUCAAUGGAUGACGAGUUGCCGACGACCUUGGUUAGUCAGCAAUUAUCUCGAUUUACGAAAAUGGCACAACAAAGAUACAACGUGCUUUUGCAAUACGGACGUAAGCUACAAUGACACGCUCACGUGGGGUGUUGUUAGCUUGGUAUGGCUUCUAUCGCGAACGCAAAUGGACAGUCAAAAGUUUGGUCAACCUUCGAUUUCUUUCACAUCAAUUUGAAAAAGGAAAAACACUCAUGUCUUCAAGUUUCAAUUUUUCCAUAUUGUAUCAUUACGUGACUAUUGUUUUAUACUCCUUCCAUAACAUAUAUAUAUAUGUUCC